AUGGCGUCUCCUGCUCUCCCAACCCUAGAGUAUACUCCCAUAGAGGAGGUCCCUUCACGCGUCAAGAAUGUUCGAAAGACAUUCUUCGAGCAUAAGACUCGACCCAUCGAGUUCCGCAUCCAACAGCUGCGGAAACUAUACUGGGCAAUCAAGGACCGGGAACACUUAGUGACUGCAGCCCUCAAACGUGAUCUUAACAGGCCGGAAUACGAGGCCUACGUUGGGGAGAUUGUGAUGGUUCUAAACGAUAUCAUUUUCGUAAUAAACAACCUGCCCAAGUGGGCGAAGGAUGAAAAGGCCGCUGACAUUGAUCUCUCCUUUUCGUUGGUGAAUCCAACCAUCAGAAAGGAUCCCCUGGGUUGUGUUUUGGUCAUCGGAGCGUUCAAUUUUCCGUUCACCCUUACAUUUGGCCCAGUUGUUGGUGCCAUUGCCGCCGGAAACACCGUUGUGAUCAAGCCAAGUGAAGUUUCACCGCACUGUGCUGCAGUUAUCCAGGAAAUCGUGGAAGCCGCCCUGGAUCCUUCCUGUGUGUCUGUCAUUCAGGGAAGCGUUCCAGAAACUAAAGCCUUGCUUGCCGAAAGGUGGGACAAGAUUUGCUUCACCGGCAGCUCUAGAGUUGGCCGUAUCGUUGCCCAAGCAGCCGCUCCAAACCUGACGCCUGUCUUACUCGAACUGGGUGGACGUAACCCUGCCUUUGUUACAAAACAUGCGGACCUAAGACUUGUUGCUCGACGUUUGCUAUGGGGAAAGACUUUCAACGCCGGCCAAAUCUGUCUUUCACAAAACUAUAUCUUGGUUGACAGAGAGGUCGUCGAUCAGCUUGUGGCCGAGUUUGAUAGGGCUCUCAAGGAAUAUUAUCCAAUGGGAGCAAAGGCAUCGCCAGAUUACUCGCGUAUCAUAAACGACAGCGCUUUCCAGCGUAUUAAAGGGAUGAUCGAUAACACUAAUGGAAAGAUACUACUAGGUGGAUCGGUGGAUGAGAAAGAGAAAUUCAUCGAACCUACAGUUGUCCUUGUUGAUUCCACUGAAGAUUCCCUUAUAUCAGAAGAGAGCUUUGGACCAAUAAUCACUCUUUUGCCCGUGUCAAACUUGGAUGAAGCCAUUAGAAUUGCAAACGAUGUUGAUGGUACACCAUUGGCUGUCUAUCCAUUUGGAACUAAGGACGAGGCUGCGAAAGUCCUUGCAUCGGUUCGUUCCGGUGGUGCUUCUGUGAACGACUCGUUUAUGCAUGCUUCCAUCUCAACUCUUCCAUUCGGUGGUGUUGGCGAAAGUGGAACUGGCUGCUACCAUGGCCGUAGCAGCUUUGAUGCUUUUACGCAUCGGCGCUCAAUUACUUCGACUCCUGGAUGGACCGAGCGUCUUCUUACUAUCCGCUAUCCUCCCUACACUGGGAAACUGAACAAAUACAAAGCCGCUAGUCUCAAAUCGCCAAACUUCAAUCGCGCUGGGGAGAGAACAUAUGGAUUAUUUGAAUGGCUUACGUGGUUCAUUACUCUGGGGAAAGGAGCAAACAUGUCGGGUGCUGCAAGGGCUACUGCUACUGUGAUGGACUCAAAAUCCUCGUAA